AUGGUAGAAUACUGGAUUCAAUUGAUUAGACAACAGUUUGGCUCAGAAUAUGGUUGUUGUGAUCAGGUAGACGUGGAAGUGUUGCUAUUGGCGUAUUGUCGAAGUCAUCAAGGUUCUUGUUGGGCCGUUAUAGGAAGUGAUCAAGCUCUAACCCAUAGCUGCAAUCAGUUACGACAGAGUAAUAUGUUAAUGGCGGCUAUUGUACGAUCACUUGCACCUGAAGCAUUAAAUGCUAGAUCAUCACGGGUUUCUAGUGCAUCUGAAUCUUAUAAAUCAUGA